AAGAAGAAGAAGAUGGGGCUUUCAAAUUUUCCUAGUGCAGCCGAAGGGAUGCUACAUGUGCUAGUAAUGAACACGGUUUUAUCAGUGGCUUUGUUGAAAAACAUGGUGAGAUCUGUGAUUCAAGUGAUGGGUGGUACAUGGAGUAAUCCUUCAAAUCUAGAGGAUGAAAGUAGUGAUGGAUUUAGUAACUUUAACUCCCUAAAGAAUGCAAGAGAAAGAAGAAUAUCAAUAACACAGUUCAAGUCUUUGUGUAUUGGAAGAAAUAAUAGGAAUACUAGUGUUGGUAGCAGUGUUACAGUGGAUUGUUGUGUUUGUUUAAAUGGAUUUGAAGCUGAUGAGGAGGUGAGUGAAUUGUCCUACAAGCAUUUCUUCCACAAAGGUUGUUUAGACAAAUGGUUUGAUAAUAAUCACACUACUUGUCCUCUUUGUCGAUCUAUUCUCUACUUAUGUAUAUUUAGCUGCCGUGACCUGACUGCUGCUGCUGUUGCCAUGAGAGAAUGA